AUGCCCGUGGACGCGCUUCCCGUCUCCGGAACACCGACAGGAGAGACACAGUCUCCGUUUCCAGCGCCGGGGAAGCGCAUGGCAGCUCAUUUCAGGGGCGUCCGCAAGCGCCCGUGGGGCCGGUUCGCGGCCGAGAUCCGAGACCCGUGGAGGAAGACCCGUAAGUGGCUCGGCACCUUCGACACUGCAGAAGAGGCCGCCUUGGCCUACGACGAGGCCGCUAUCAGCCUCCGAGGCAUCAAGGCCAGGACCAACUUUGGCCUCCACGGCAUCGUCAUCACUCCUCCCGUCGUUACCGGUGACUCUGGUGCAAGGGAGUUUUUUGGCUGGAGACCCUCGCCGGGCUACGUAUCAGGUGCUGAUAAUCCCUCCGCGUCGAUAUCAGAGUACAAGGGGUACAAGAUGGAGAACGUGGAUGUGGUGGUGAGCGAGCAGGAAGAGAAUAGUCAAACGAAGAAGCCGUUUCUCUUCGAUCUGAAUCUCCCUGCGCCGCUGUUCUGA